GUCCCUGCACCAGGUGACCUGUUCCGGCCCGGAUCCGGGCGGCCUCGCCAUGAAGCGGCGCGGCGCGUGGCUCGGGCGGCCGCGGCAGCAGCAGCAACAACCCCUGCCGCCUGAGGUUGGCCCCCGGGCCGUAGCCAUGGCCCCCCUGAGCGGCGGCGUCCCCCCGGACCUCGGCAGCCGCCCUGCCUGCGCGCUGUUCCUGCUCUGCUACCUGAACUUCGUACCAUCUUGGGGCCGGCAGACCUCUCUGACGACAGCGGUGAUACCCAAAGCAGAACAGAGCGUGGCUUACAAAGACUUCAUCUAUUUCACUGUCACUGAAGGAAACGUUCGCAACAUUUCUGAAGUCUCGGUGGAGUAUUUGUGCUCUCAGCCUUGUGUUGUCAACUUGGAAGCCGUCGUCUCGUCUGAGUUCAGAAGUAGCAUUCCUGUGUACAAGAAAAGGUGGAAGAACGAGAAACAUCUUCACACCAGCAGAACACACCUGGUCCAGGUGAAAUUUCCGAGCAUCAUGGUGUACAGAGAUGACUAUUUCAUCAGACACUCCAUAUCCGUGUCGGUGGUGAUACUCCGCGCCUGGAUUACUCACACGUACAGGGGCGGAGACAUGCAUGUUAAAUGGGACGAAAACCUGCUACACGCUGUUGCAAAGAAUUAUACUCUGCUGAAGACAAUCCCGCCUUUUGAACGCCCUUUCAAAGACCAUCAAGUGUGCCUUGAGUGGAACAUGGAUUAUAUUUGGAACCUUAGGGCAAACAAGAUUCCCCAGUGUCCUCUUGAAACUGAUGUGGUCGCCCUCCUGGGCUUUCUCUAUGCCUCCAGUGGAGAGAACACAGGCAUUGUGAAGAAGUUGCCGAGGUUUCGGAACCGAGAGCUGGAGGCCACCCGACGGCAGCGGAUAGAUUACCCUGUGUUUACUGUUUCAUUGUGGCUUUAUUUACUCCAUUAUUGCAAGGCCAAUCUCUGUGGGAUUCUGUACUUCGUGGAUUCUAAUGAGAUGUACGGCACACCUUCUGUUUUUCUUACCGAAGAGGGUCUCUUGCAUAUUCAGAUGCAUCUUGUCAAAGGAGAAGACCUUGCUGUAAAAACUAAAUUCACGCUACCUUUGAAGGAGUGGUUUCGCCUGGAUAUCUCGUUUAACGGAGGCCAGAUAGUAGUAAGCACCAGCAUCGGGCAGGAUUUGGAAAGCCACCACAAUCAGACCAUUAGCUUCCGGGAGGAUUUCCACUAUAAUGACACUGCUGGGUACUUCAUUAUUGGAGGGAGCAGAUAUGUGUCCGGCAUCGCAGGGUUUUUUGGACCCCUGAAAUACUACCGCCUCCGCACUCUGCACCCUGCACAGAUUUUAAAUCCCCUCCUUGAGAAGCAACUUGCUGAACAAAUCAAGUUAUACUAUGAAAGGUGUGCAGAGGUUCAAGAAAUAGUGUCUGUGUACACAUCCACAGUACAGCAAGGGGCCGGGAGCCAAGAAGCAUGUGACCUGCAGAACUCCUACCUGGACCUGAGGCGCAGGUACGGGAGACCCUCAACGUGCAGAGCCUUCCCCUGGGAAAAGGAGCUGAGAGCCCAGCACGCCAGCUUGUUCCAGGCCUUGCUGGAGAUGGGUCUGUUGACGGCGCCAAGGCACCAAAAUGAAUCUGUUUUGGAAAUCGGCGGGAUGAUAUUUGAAAAGGCUGUAAAGAGACUCUCCAGUGCGGAUGGUCUUCACCAAAUUAGUUCUGUCGUCCCCUUCCUGAUGGAUUCCAGCUGCUGUGGAUAUCAUAAAGCAUCCUACUACCUCGCAGUCUUUUAUGAAACUGGAUUGAAUGUACCUCGGGAUCAGCUGCAGGGCAUGCUGUAUAGUUUGGUUGGAGGCCAGGGCAGUGAGAGGCUGUCUUCAAUGAACCUUGGCUACAAACACUUCCAGGGUAUUGCUAACUACCCCCUGGACUGGGAGCUGUCCUAUGCCUAUUACAGCAACAUUGCCACAAAGACACCACUCGACCAGCACACGCUGCAAGGAGAUCAGGCAUAUGUUGAAACAAUUAGACUAAAAGAUGAUGAAGUACUCAAGGUACAAACCAAAGAAGAUGGAGAUGUCUUUAUGUGGUUGAAGCAUGAAGCCACCCGAGGCAAUGCAGCAGCUCAGCAACGAUUGGCCCAGAUGUUGUUCUGGGGGCAGCAAGGUGUGGCCAAGAACCCCGAAGCUGCAAUCGAGUGGUACGCCAAGGGCGCCCUGGAGACCGAGGACCCCGCACUGAUAUACGACUAUGCCAUUGUGUUAUUCAAGGGUCAAGGAGUAAAAAAGAACAGACGGCUUGCCUUGGAGCUGAUGAAGAAAGCAGCUUCCAAGGGAUUGCAUCAGGCAGUCAAUGGUCUGGGAUGGUAUUACCACAAAUUCAAAAAAAAUUAUGCCAAAGCAGCAAAGUACUGGUUAAAAGCAGAAGAAAUGGGGAACCCAGAUGCUUCCUAUAAUCUCGGAGUCCUGUAUUUGGAUGGUGUUUUCCCAGGAGUUCCUGGAAGGAAUCAAACUUUAGCUGGUGAAUAUUUCCAUAAGGCUGCACAAGGCGGACACAUCGAAGGGACCUUGUGGUGUUCUCUCUACUAUAUAACAGGCAACCUGGAGACGUUCCCUAGAGACCCUGAGAAGGCUGUUGUAUGGGCAAAGCACAUUGCAGAGAAAAAUGGCUACUUGGGCCACGUCAUUCGCAAAGGCCUCAACGCCUACCUGGAGGGCUCGUGGCACGAAGCUUUGCUGUAUUAUGUGUUAGCAGCAGAAACUGGAAUUGAAGUGUCACAGACAAAUUUAGCACACAUCUGUGAGGAGAGGCCCGACCUGGCCGAGAGAUACUUGGGUGUUAAUUGUGUUUGGAGAUACUAUAAUUUCUCUGUUUUUCAAAUCGAUGCUCCUUCAUUUGCAUAUUUGAAAAUGGGAGACCUUUACUACUAUGGCCACCAAAACGAGUCACAAGACCUUGAAUUGUCUGUACAGAUGUAUGCCCAAGCAGCAGUGGAUGGAGACUCACAGGGAUUUUUUAACCUGGCCCUGCUAAUUGAGGAAGGUGCUAUAAUCCCACAUCACAUUUUGGAUUUCUUGGAAAUUGACCCAACUCUCCAUUCGAAUAACAUCUCCAUCCUCCAGGAACUGUACGAAAGGUGCUGGAGCCACAGUAGCGAGGAGUCCCUCAGCCCCUGUGCCCUGGCCUGGCUCUACCUUCACUUCCGGCUCAUCUGGGGUGCUGUCCUGCACUCUGCUCUGACCUACUUCCUGGGAACCUUCCUGCUGUCUGUGCUGAUCGCCUGGACGCUGCAGUAUUUCCAGUCUAUCUCAGCCAACGGUUUCAAUCUGACACCAACUGGGGCCUCCCAAGACGCCACCGCUCCCGCUGCAAGUCCAGCUGUGGCUCCAGCUGCAGAUGCCUCUGCUCAGGACCAGCCCACAGUCACCAAUAACCCUGAGCCACGUGGGUGAACUGUGCACUCCAGGUCUCUCCCAUGAGAGAGAACCCUUUCAACAGGUGGUAUUGGAAAGCUGGGGCCACGGCGCUGGACUGAUAAACACCUUGAAUGUCUUUGUCAAGUGGAUGUGAAUUUUGCACUUGGUGUCUUUUUUUUUUUUUUAAAUCAAAUUACGAAGAAGUACUCAUAGCAGACAGUGGUACUGAAGGCAUUCAAACAAACACAAGGAGCAUCCUGAUGACGGGUGUGUAGGAGAGGUCAGCAACGUCUGCAACGACCGUUCCUGGUGACUCUGUGUAUUGGGAGUCACAGAUUGCCCUGCGACAUAUCCGAAUCCUUAUAUACGGGACAUGUUUUAAGAAUCUUAGCCCCUUGUUCAUUCCCUUUUAUUCAGUAACAGAAAAUUGUGACUUUUCUACAGGUUAAACAAUAUUCCGGUACGUGCAUCUGCCACAACCCUGCUUAGGUUACGGCUGGACGUGCCAGGAAGGUGAUGGCUUUGUAAAUUGGUUUACAUUUUUCUCCUUGGAUUUUUCUAGGGUCGUAGUGCUUCCGAAUCAUUCAAUGACAUUGUUGGACAUUGGUUACUUUUCAAUUGCAAUCCAUAAAAUAACAUUUAGAAAAUUCUUAGUACUUCAAUGUAGCCUUCUCCAUGAAUUACCCAUUAGAAUAGACUGGCAGCAGUGGGCUAUGCAGGAAAAAAGCCUUUAGUUCAUAGUCAUCCCCACCCUGUAUGCCUGCCUGAGUCCCUGUAGGGGUGUGUGUGUGUGUGUGUGUGUGUGUGUGUGUGUG